AUGAAACUGUCGUUGAUCUUCGCUGCGGCUCUUGCUGCGAGUGUAGAAUCAGCUGUUUUGGAGAAAAGGCAAAGAGGGGGUCCAGAUGUUAGCGAGUGCGGAUUGGACGCAUUCGAAGGACACACGGCCGAGGCAUCGUUGUUUUGUAGCAGCAUCCUCAAGUCAGGCACCGCGACCUCGACCGUCACACGCGGCGUCACUACGACAACCACUGCGACAAGAAAGGUCACAACGACAGUGUAUCCCCCGUCAAGCUCUAGCCCAACCCCUACGCCGAGCCCCUCUCCUACUCCCACUCCUACACCAACACCGACGCCGACGCCUACUCCCACUCCAAAGCCAUCGUCUUCUCCGUCUCCCAGACCGUCCUCUUCAACAGUGCCCAGCCCACCUUCAUCUUCAUCUGCUGUUCCCAGGCCAUCCUCGUCCUCGUCGCCUUCGCCAACUCCAGUACAGCCUUCGUCGACCAUUGUCACGAGUCCUUCGCCUACCCCUACCAGUGCAGGCUGUGGCAUCGUCGCCUACGUGAAGACCACACCCGCCUACUACUUUGAAUCCAGCGGCACAAAGAACACCUUCACCGCCUGCCAGGCCCUCUGCAAAGCCGACACAAGGUGCAAGAGCUUUGGAUACGGAGAGGCAAACUGCAUGCUCUUCGACGUGUCUGCCGCUGAAAACACAAACUACAACCCCAUGUCGCCCUACACCUUCUACGACGUAGCCUGCCCCGUCGAGCUCCCCGUGCGCAAGCGCCAAGUCAACAUCUCGCUCCCGGGCGGCGGCAUUAACAUCUCGCUUGGCCUGGGCAGUCCGCGGCAAAUCUCGUCGGCGUGCUCGUGCUUUAUUACGCGGGGUCCGGCCGAGACGACGGUUACGCGGACGGCUACUAGCUCGGUUGUGCGGACGAGUACGACUACUGCUACGGUUACGAGGACUGCGGAGGGGAAUUAG